UAGAAGUUGACGGCCCAUACAUUUUCUAUAUGAUGAAGUACAUGGAAGGAGAUAUAGCUAUUUCUAAGCCCUAUGUUCCAACAACAUUAUUCAACAUAGGGAAGUUUGUUGGUAGAUUACAAGUUGCUCUAGAGGAUUUCAAUAAUGCCUUUCUAACAGAAAGGGAUUUCCAAUGGAAUUUAGCAGAAUGUCCUCGACUUUUAGAUUACGUGUUUGCUAUGAAAAGCAAGGAAGAUGAACAACUUGUGAAUGUUAUAAUAAAAGAAUUUAUCGAAGAAGUGAAACCAGUGUUAGGUCAAUUAAGGAAAGUACUUAUUCACGGUGACCUUAAUGAAAGUAACAUUCUUCUCAAAGAGGGUUGUGAUCAAUCCAGUGUUCCACAGGAAAAACGAGCUUGCGAUGUUAUUGGUAUAAUUGACUUCUUUGCCAUGCAUAAAAGUAACCCGAUAACUGACUUAGCAAUUUUGAUAGCACACAUGUCUACGGAAUGUAAAUACAUGGACCCACUAGAUGCAGGCGGGCACAUCAUAGCAGGUUAUCUAACAGAGAGAAAACUUACAGUUUCAGAAAUAGAUAUUCUGAGGACAUUAAUCUGUUGCAGAAUAGCACAUGUUGUAGUUAUGUCAGGAUAUACUCUGACAAAGGACCCUGGUAACAAAUAUAUAUUAUCGUACGUCGACAGGUAUCAACCUCUUCUUUGGAAAUACUGGAACACAUCUAAAGCUGAACUGCAUGAAAGAUGGCAGACAAUUCUUAAAGAAUACGGCAUGGAUCAUUUAUACAAUGUUUAAAAACUGAAAUUAAAGCAUUCGACUGGAAUGGGGUAUAGCUGCGAUUCAGACAAGCAUGAACAUGCGUUUUUUGUUAUUUGUGUAUUUCCAACAUUCAUAAAAAUGAAAGGAUACUAUUCUUAGACUUUUACCACUUACUUCAACUUGUUGUAAAUGGAUUGAUAAUGCGCUCAAGAUGUUCAGAGAUUAAAACGAAUGUCAGCUAAAAGGUGAAACUCAAAAACACAACAACAGGACGUCUAAUUUCGUUGAGUGAUUCGACCCGAAAAAAAAGUUCUGAUACACGUUAUGAUUAAAAAGUGAUACGAGUACUUAAAGUAAACAUAAGCAAGAAAUGUCCACCAGCAGAGUCAUUACAGUUAAUAUUUUAACACAAAGUUAAAUGGCAAAACUACCAGACUCCAAUGACAAUUCAAAACGGAAAGUUCUUAUUCAAAUGGCAUAACCGAUAGUUAUAUAGAUGGUUGAAAGUCAAAUAUACAAAAAAUAGUUAAUAUUAUAUAACAGCAUUGUGUGUUGUUUUUCUAUAAAAGUUCUGUAAUUUUGAAUUACGAUUUUAGUGUUUAUUAAAUCAAAUGGAACAGUU